AGCCCGUACCUUGUUCAGGAGUCGCGUCUAUUUUUCGCGGGCUAGACGAAUUCAUGAGCGUGAAGGUAUACUUCGUGUGAAAUGCAGCCUGCAGACCUCAAAUCUGUUGCGAAUGCGCAAACCACGGAGAAACCGAAUCAUUUUGCGUACUUGAAAAACUUCCGCGUGGAGCAAUGUCCUCUGUUCGUGCAGCACAAAUGCAGUUAUCAUCGCCCGUACACCUGCUUCAACUGGCAUUACGAGAGUCACCGAAGAAGAAGACCCAUGAAGAAAAGGGAUGGGACUUUCAAUUACAGUCCUGAUUUUUAUUGUACAAAAUAUGACGAGCAGAAGGGGAAGUGUCCUGAUGGCGAUGAGUGUACUUCGCUUCAUCGUGUCGCCGGUGACGUUGAGAGACGAUACCAUCUUAGGUAUUACAAAACUUGCGUUUGUGUUCACGAUACUGAUAGUCGGGGACACUGUGUCAAAAACGGCCCACAUUGUGCAUUUGCUCAUGGACCUUCAGAUUUACGGUAACCCCGAGGACUUUAAUAUGAAAGAGAAAGGCUACAAUCUUUAUUUCUUUAGGAAACCUGUAUUUGAUAUUCGUGAAAUGCAAGCGAACGAAAAAGGAGAAUUCCUAGAGAACGGCAAUGGAACAUUGUGCGGUCCAAAUAAUCUGGAUAAAGAACGCAACAUGAUGACUGACGAUCCCAAAUGGCUUGAUGUUUCGUACGUGUUGAGUAAUUACAAGACUGAAAUUUGCAAAAAACAUCCAAGGCAGUGCAGACAGGGCUACGCGUGUCCCUACUAUCACAAUAACCGUGUGUGGGAUAGGAGAAGAUGUCCCACGAAGUUCAAAUACCGGUCGACGCCGUGUCCAAAUGUGAAAAGCGGCGAUGAAUGGGGUGACCCGUCGCAGUGCGACGCCGGUGAUUCGUGCCAGUACUGUCAUACCCGUAGUGAACAGCAGUUCCAUCCUGAAAUUUACAAAUCUUCACGUUGCUACGACAUCCACACGCAGGCAUAUUGCCCUCGAGGUGUCUUCUGUGCAUUCGCCCACGCUGACAAAGAAGUGACACUAGCGCGGGAUUUGAAAGCCCGUGGAGGAAACGCACCUAUGGAUUCGAAUAAUGACGCUUCAACGAACGGGUACUUGUCGUCGUCGUUACCUAACAGGGAGCCCAUUUCUGGAGGAUUACCAUCAAAGAAGCCGGGUGUGCCCCAAGCCGCUCCUCCGGGACUGGUUCCAAGGUCCAAUUCAAUAGGUCAUAGAGCAACGCCCGUCAGCUCUCCCGCAAUUCGACCUUCGGGAGGAUCCUCCGGGAUAAUUUCUUUGCCGACGAAUUUCUCUGAAUCGAUGGUGUUGCCUGCAAAACCAUUCGGUGAUAUGGACUCGAAUGCGAGGCACAAUGGAGGAGUUUCUAGUCCAGAUAUUCUCGCUUUUCCUGAAGUUGCUAUGUCGUCGUCGUAUUCCAAAGCACCCGGCUCGGAACGGGGUGAACGAGAAGCGAAUCGAAGGAGACAGCUAUCUGCGAAAGAAGGAUCGCUCUUCGGUGGAUUGGAAUCAGGCGGACUCGAGGGAAUGAGUUACAGUGGAUUUCUUGGCAGAGGAUCAUUUUCAGGAUCGCCUUUCUCUCAAUGCACAGCUUUUAAUCCCCUCGAUGGGAUAACGGGCCAAAUAGAUGAUAUGACAGUGGAUGAUCCUUUUUUUGGAGUGUCAACGCACCCAUUGGAUUUGGAAGCAGAUUCUAUUAGACCACAAGGAUUAUCUUUUCCGCGUGGAAGCGCACCAAUGUCGAUUCCGACUUCAGCAUCAGGUCUGCCCUAUGGACUUUGGUCGAGUGAAUCUCCGGUCAUGGGGUCAGGAAAUCAUUUUGGAGUCAGUAUAGGAUCUCCUUCUGUCCCGCCAGGGUUUCCGAGACAAAGUAGUAUUAACCAGGUUACUACGGGGAAAUCAAAUGUUCAGGAGCAGUCACCGAAUUCAAUGAGAUUCGGAAGUCUUCCAACGUCAAUGUCGGGCCAGUAUCCACCACCAAGUAAUACGCCAUUAACACAGGAACAAGAGAUUGCUAAAUUGCGGGAAGAACUUCAUGGAAACCGAACGAAAAUGGCUUCUUGGGAAGGUAGAAUCGCUCAGGCCCGAGAAGCGUGUAACGCAUGGCAGAAAGAAGUAGAAACGACGAAAGAAACGUUGAAGAGGGAGCGUCAAGCUAAGGAAGAGGCGUUGGUUAAGCUGUACUUGCAACAGAAAGAUAUGGAACAAUUGGCGCAGAAUUUGGGCAAUCAGAACGAGAGUGCGAGCUUGCUGAACAUGCUCUCUGCUCAGGAUAGGCUUACGGUUCCCGAACUACGGGUUGUGCAAAAUUUGAUGAUCCGUGAAUUAGAACGUAUUUCCAAGAGAAUUCAAGACGCCGAAUCAGGUGCCAACUGAGUGUCGAUGACCUUGGACGAAAGAGGAAUGUUGAGCAUUGACUUUUUUCUUUUUCUUGCGUAAACAAGCUUUUGGUUUGUCGAAAAAGCAUUCAUGAAUAAGGCACAGGUUUGAUCACGAUGCAGAAAUGAUUUGCCUCGAAUCAAAUUUAGGGGAUUUCAAGUGCCAGGAAAUAUAUGAACUGCAGCUCGACUACAUUUAAGGAUCGCGUUUAGGAAUCUUUUCGAAUUCUGUCAUUAUUUUUAUUUUUAAGAGAGCUGAAUGGGGCUGAGCAACCGUUCGAAUUAAUUUAUUGCUUAGUGUGUGUGAUUUUUUUAUUCCUCGAAAAAAGAAAAGAUCCAAGCUGUUUAGGUUUUUCGUGCCUUGUUCGACCUUCGUUUGCAUUGUUUCUCCUUAUUUUUCGAGUUUUAAGAUCGAAUGGGAAGUGGACGAAGGAAAUUGAAUACUUGAUGAGUACAAAAGGAAAACUUCUCUCUCGGGGAUAUCGCAUGGAAAAAUCGUGACGGAUGUGCGAUAGAUAUUUUUUCCUUCAAAUCGGGCAAGUUAUAAUUUUUUUUUUACGGUCUGAUCGUUUCAUUGACGAUUUUUUGUCUCGCUUCGAAUUUCAUUUUAUUCAAACGGAACUUAAGGAUUGUUUGCAUAUGAUGCCAUGCUUACGUGAGAAUUAUGUUUUAUUUUGAUGCCGUUGGUGGAACGUUUGAAGAGGCAAUCGUGAAAAUGUUGACUAUUUCUAAAGGACUAAAGCUUUUCCAGUUUUCCUGAAUGGUUUAUUUUUUCAAGUGUAUAUAUUUCUGGACGGCAAGGAUUUUUAGUGUGAACUGACCUGCAGUAGUUUGAAUUCAGGUUUAAAAACGUCAGUUUUUUUCAAUUGAUUUUUUUGAUGCGUCGCGACAUGGGUUGAGUAUCUUGACAAGCAAUACGUACGUGGGGAAAAUAGUUUUUUCAUCUUUGGACGAAUAUUUUGUUUUUGCAUGCGUGAAGUGAAAAAAAUCAUGAGCUAUGGAAUGAUCGAGGAUUUCGCUGAUGACGGAACCCCUUCUUCUCCGCGAUUGGCGACUCUCAUCAUUUGAUGCUUUCCAUUUGGUACUGCGAUUAUUAAAAAUUGCUUGUAGUGUCUGUUGUAUUGUGUACGGUUUUGAAUAAAGUGCAGGAUUUUUUUGAGGUCGAA